AUGAUUCAAAACAAAAUAACGACGACGAAAAUUGCAACAAAGCUCCAGAUGGCAACGCGCCUUGCAACACAAAGGACAAAUUUUGUCACAGUAACGCCCGUGUCGGCAGCUACGGCGAACGAAAACAAUCAUCAGCAGCAGCAACAACAGCAAACGACAACAACAACGACAACGACCUUGAUUCCAGCGUCGCAGUCUACCGGCAUCUCUGACACAAUAAUUAGUAGUCCGGGCAAUAGUACUGCUGGGGCAACAGUUGCUACGACAAAAAAUUCAGUCGACAUUGAUACAGCCACAGGUGCUCUUACGUUGCAGCAAGUGAUACGACAAGUGUGUACCAAGAAAAAAGUCCUUUUACAAGCAGGAAACGACGGACAAAUUUCCGUUAUCGACGUCGUGCCCAUCGAAAAUUCCGACUCUAACGAUGCAACUCCAAUUACGGUUUCAUUGGCGACAGCUCCCGAUCACGCAUCAGAAUCGUCGCAACAAGUAACAGCGCAAGUAGCUGUCGUUCAAGCUGAUAGUCCAACAGAUACGGGCCCUCAUUACAUCACAGUUACAGUAUCAUCUCCGCAAGACACCGUCGGCAGUCAAGGCACAUAUCAUCUUCAAUAUGUCGACUCUGAGCUUUAUACCUCAAGUCAAGGGCAAACUCAAAUGGCAUAUCCCGUUUACGUAAGCGACUAUUCAUCAUCUGGUCAGCAAUAUUACACGACAACAGCAAAUACGGGAAAUUAUUCAACAGGAAAUGUCGCUGCCAACAAUGGCUCUUCAACGGGGGGCGCCAAUCAACAAUAUAUCGUUCCUGUCGACGAAACGCUUCUCACAUCGAGUUCUCGUGAUUCGCCGCAAACCAUUUCGUCGGAUGUGCAUUCGUACAACAUUCAAACGGGCCAGCAUCAGAGUCAUGCGAGCACAAGUGAAACUGAAUCUCCGCCGAAUUUGUCGCAUGCAACGAGAGUUUCGCCCGCAACUGUCUCCUGGCUGAUGGAAAAUUACGAAACAGCCGAAGGAGUGAGUCUCCCGCGAUCGACACUCUACAAUCAUUACAUGCGACAUUGCAACGAACACAAAUUAGAUGCCGUCAAUGCUGCGAGUUUCGGGAAAUUGAUUCGUUCGGUGUUCACGGGAUUGCGAACUCGUCGUUUGGGAACGCGGGGCAACAGCAAAUAUCAUUAUUACGGAAUUCGCAUCAAACCGGGCAGCGCUUUGGUGAAUGUUUUGGAAGAUAAACCGUCGACGACGCCGAAUCACGUGCAGCAUCAGCAACAACAACAAUCGCAUCCCCGCGGAACGAAACGAGGCAUCAAACUCGAGAGUUACGAGGCUUGUUCGCAAUUUUUGGGAGAUGGUGCAGGCGCUAUUCCUCCCUUUCCGACGAUAAAUGUCUCGCUUGCGCAGUUACCGGACGACAUUGGGCUCGAAGAUGUCGAAACACUGAAACAAUGUUAUCGCGAGCAUUGCGAAGCGUUCCUUGACGCCGUCUUAAAUUUGGAAUUCGGGACUGUUGAACAACUUUGGCGCGAAUUUUGGAGACUGCAAGACAACAAUAACGGCGACGAAUGCGAAGAAGAAAAAUAUUUGAGUCGCGCGAAACUUUACACACUUUGUCAGAUGAAAGGCGUGCAAGAUUUCAUUAAACACAUUGACUUACAUUUUUACCAAAAUAUGGUUGACGUGCUCAUUCCGGAUGUUUUGAGGGCAAUUCCUGCCCCGCUUACUCAAGCAAUUCGUAAUUUUGCGAAAAAUUUGGAGUUGUGGUUGUCUUCGGCGAUGAGCGGAUGUCCUGAUGAGAUUUAUAAGAUAAAGUUACACAGCGUUUCGGUAUUUAGUCAAACUUUGAGACGAUAUACGUCGUUAAAUCAUCUUGCACAAGCAGCAAGAGCCGUUUUACAGAACAAUGCGCAACUUGCUCAGAUGCUGAAUGACUUGAAUCGUGUGGAUUUUCACAAUAUUCAGGAACAAGCUUCAUGGGUUUGUCAAUGCGAUACUGCCAUCGUUCAACAAUUGGAAAAUGACUUCAAGACAGCCCUCCAGCAGCAAAAUACGCUCGAACAAUGGGCUGCAUGGUUGCGUUACGUCGUCGAUACUGCACUCGAAGAUCAUCGCGGCAAACCCUCUUUUCCAAAAGCUGCCCGUCAAUUUUUGCUCAAAUGGAGUUUUUACAGCUCGAUGGUGAUUCGUGACUUGACAUUACGUUCCGCUGCGACUUUCGGAAGUUUUCAUCUCAUUCGGUUGUUGUACGAUGAAUACAUGUUCUUCAUUGUCGAACAUAAAGUAGCUGAAGCGACGCAUACGACACCGAUUUCUGUCAUGGGAUGUGCGAAUGGCGGAGGACCCAAUGGAUUGAGCAACAAUCAUUUGAAUAACGAUCACGAUGUGACGAGUCAAAGUGACUCUUUCGACGCUACGCCUUAUCACACAAAUGCAGGUUUUGAGAUCAAGAUGGAGCCGUGUGCUAAUAACGUCAAACGAAACCGUAAUAGUUAGGAAUUUCGUACUGAAUUCUUCAUUUUUUAGCUGAAAAACACUCACAACUAGUCCCGUACUCAUAAAUGUCUUAGAUAUAAAAAAUAUUAUAUAUAUAUGAAUAUAUAUUUAAAAACAGAGGAGAAACUUUUAACAUAUAAGAAUAUUUAUUAUAAUUAUUAAUAUUUACC